AUGGCAACAUUAGCUCAAACCCCAGCCACAAUCGGCCCAAGCACCGAAAUUCCAACUUACCACCAGGUCCCAGAGACCUCUCUCGAUCUGGACUGGGCGGACCUUGCCACAUUGGAUCUAUCUCAAUUUGACCUGCCUGGUGGUAAGACUCGGUUAGCCACACAGCUCUUCGAUGCCAUUCAAAAUAUCGGUUUCUUCUACAUCACCAACUUCGGCUUAUCGCAAGAAGAUGUUGACCAGCAAUUCUCUAUUGGUCAGCAGAUCUUCAAGCUUCCAAUUGAGGAGAAGUUGAAGUUCCGUGCAGAGCUGGAAAACGGUGACUACAACGGGUAUAAGCCAACGGGUCUUCGAGAAAUCAGUCCCGGGGUGUUCGACAAAACAGAAAUCUUCAACAUUCCAAAAUUCAUCCCUGCCCUUGAACGGCCACAGCCAGAUAUCGUGAGCCAAAACCGUCCGAUCAUUGAGAGUUUCGCACGUCACAUCCACGAAAAUAUUGUUCGUAAACUUCUCAUACUGUUGGCUAUCAUUAUCGAGCUCCCUGAAGACUAUUUCCUCAAUGUACACCGUUAUGAGGAGAAAAGUGACUGCCACCUGCGGUACAUGAAGUAUCACCGCCGGAGCGAGGAGGAGAAUGAGAGGGCUGCCGGAAUUUGGUCCAAAGGCCACACAGACUUCGGCAGCCUGACCUUGCUAUUCCGACAGCCAGUUGCUGCGCUGCAGGUUCGUACCCCGGAAGGCGAGUGGAAAUGGGUGAAACCCUACCCAGAGAGCAUUACAGUGAACCUUGCCGACUCACUUCAGUUCCUCACAAAUGGGUUCCUUGAGAGUAGUAUACAUCGGGUAGUCGCGCCUCCUCCAGACCAGAGGGAUAUCGACCGUUUAGGUGUUCUAUACUUUGUUCGACCUGAGGACAAUCUUGAGUUGCGACCGGUUGUGAGUGAAUUACUGCACCGUUUAGGGUAUGAUCAAACGCCCGACCAAAGUGCGGUCGGCAUUACUGCUGGGGAGUGGGUGAAAGCUAGAGUUGCGAAGGGGGUCGACAAAGGUGAGGCGCGAAGUGAAAUUGGCGAGCAGCCUAUCAUUGGGGGAGUGGUAGCCAGAUAUUAUGAUUGA